AACAGAUUCUCGGAGAAUGUCUUUCAAUCGAAACCCAAUGAGUCAGACGUCGUCUCCUAUGAGACAAUCCAAGUCAUCGCUGUCUAUGACUUCACAAUCGCAUCGAAACCCAAACCAAAAGACAUUUACCGAAUACAUGCCUUUAUGUGAACUUCAAAAAGGACUACAAAAAGGAGAUAUCGUUGAAGGGGUCCUACGAAUAAAUCCUCGCAAUUAUACGGACGCCUACAUAAGCGCACCGGGGGGCGGAAUCGACAUAUACGUUGGAGGAACGACUGAUCGCAACAGAGCUCUCAAUGGGGAUAAAGUGGCCGUUCGUAUAAAGCCAUCCCAAGAAUGGAAGGUCUUAUUGGACACCAUUCGCAUCCAUUGGGAUGAAUGGUGCGUAGACUUUGAAAGAUUGCUUGGGAUUCGCAAUGAAUCGGAUGGAACGGACGCUACCCAUGAGUCCAGUGCUCACAGCUCUCACGAUAUCGAGACCAUUGAUGAAAGCGACGAAUAUUGUGAUAGAAUCACUUUAAACAGUGAUUCAAAUAAUGAGUACAACACUACUAAAAACACAACUAAAACCCAAACUAAUGCUCAAAGUUGUGACACAAACGCAAAAACUUCCCAAAAGAGAAGGCGUUCGCGAAAAAAGAAGAAUAAGAGUGGAAGUGAUGAGAAAAAUGAUGUGAAAUCUUCUGAAUGUGAAAAGACAUCUCUUUUGAAACCAGAAGUUGUGAAUUCAUUGAUAAUCGCUAAGAAAAGCCAAAGACAUUCAAGAAUUUGUGACGAAUUGAGUGCAACAUUGGAAAGAAUCGGUGACUUAAAGAUAGAAUAUUUAUUAAAAUUGGAGUUUUGGGAUAAAUUCAUACAAAGGACGGGUCGAGUGGUGGCCAUCAGUGAAUACAUUCACUCCCGCACUGCUGGCGGACGUCUCAGUCAUAUGAAGGAGAAGAACCAGAAUUGGGCGCUAUUUAUCCCAAACGACUCGCGCAUACCUCGUAUGCGAAUCGCGAUGAAUACCUGUCCGCCAGAC